AUGGCGGCGCCGGGCCCGGGGGCUGGGGCAGCCUCGGGCGGCGCUGGCUGCGGUGGCGCGGGCGCGAGCGCGGGCUCGGGGUCCUCCGGGGCGGGCGGCCGACUGCCCAGCCGGGUGCUGGAGUUGGUGUUCUCUUACCUGGAGCUGUCCGAGCUGCGGAGCUGCGCCCUGGUGUGCAAGCAUUGGUACCGCUGCCUUCACGGCGACGAGAACAGCGAGGUGUGGCGGAGCCUGUGCGCCCGCAGCCUGGCCGAAGAGGCUCUGCGCACGGACAUCCUCUGCAACCUGCCCAGCUACAAGGCCAAGGUGAGGGGAUCCCGGGCCACGUCGAAGCCCGGCUCCUAUCCUGCCCGCCGCUCUCGGGGUUUACCUUCUAAGCUUGAGUCAUGUUUCACCUCAUCAUCCCGCCUUUCCACGGCUUCAGCCAGUCAGUACCUUUCUCACACCUCCUCUCCGCAAAGAUCUUUUCUUUGGAUUGAAGUUCUGCUUCGUAACCCACCUCACUUUUGA